CUCAUUGAUCUGUUAACAUGUAUGCGCUGACUGGACGUCAAAGCCUGGAACUUUCUUUUGCGAUUAUCCUUCUCUGUUGGGCAGACUGCAGCCCCUCUCUGCAGGAGGAUUUGGCUCCCCUUGAAGUAAAGUUCCAUUCUUUGGACUUUAGACAUGUCUUACACUGGAAACAUCCACAAAAAGCUGUCAAGAACCUGACAUAUUUUGUUCAGUCUAAAAUAUAUGGAGAUAAAGAGUGGACUAAUUCUGAGGACUGUCAAGGCAUUCGGUUGCUGGAGUGUGACUUGAGUCAGGCAACGUCAGAUCCCAGAGAAUGGUACUAUGCCAGGGUCCGCUCCUUCUCCUCUGAGGGCUUCUCAUCUUGGGUCCUUAGCCACAGGUUUUACCCGCAGUGGGAAACCAGUUUCAGUCCGCCGCAGAUAAAGGUGACCAUGACAGGACGGAUCAUUUCAGUUCAGAUCAAACCUCCGAGGACACCUCUGCGAGGACAAAAUGGCUCUAGGAUACGAGUGACAAAACUGCAGAAACUGACAUUUAGAAUAUACCUAAUGCACAAUGAUGUUGAGGAGGAAGUUUAUGAAACAGACAGUUGCUCCAAGGAGCUUGUGAUAGAGGGGCUACGUCCGAAAACCACCUACUGCCUUCAGGCUGUUUCCGUUACUCCUCGCUCAGGCCGCAAAAGCUUACGGAGUCCCAGCACCUGCAUCAGCACUCAUUGAGGGCUUAGUGUCUCCCACAGGGUGAGGCUGCUUCUGGACCUUUGUUCAAGAUAAAAAUUACACACAUACACACUACAUAGUGGAAUGUCUGCAAUUUUUCACCAAGGUCAUGUUUACUAUAAAACUGAGUAUAAGCCUGGCUUUGUAUUUAGGUUAUAUUAUAGCUUAAGUGUGUAAUUUCUGCACCGCUAGCACCAUCAGCCAAAACAAUGACUGUUUACAUACAGGUUUCCUGAACACUCUCAUAUUUCAUUGGAUGAACAAAGAGAUAGUGCCGCCCUUAAAUCACACCACUGGUUUGAGUCAGCAGCAGCGGAAAGUGUUUUUUUUUUGUGUGUGUGUG